AUGGCCACGUCAAACAAGAUCCACUUACGUCUAGCGACCAACGAAGACGUGGACAGCAUCGUCCACGUCAUGUCUCGUUCUUUCCAACACAACGCCGCAUUCGUGGACAUCUUCUACCCGGACCACGACACCCCCUCAGGCCACGCUCAAGCCAUCCAAACCUUCCAAUCCUACUGGCAAAACUACAAAUCCCACGCCGAUCUGGUCGUCGCCACCACCACCACCAAAGACUCGGAAGAAAUCAUCGGCUUCGCCCUCUGGACGUACAUGUCCUCGUCCAUCAACCUCUCCCCGCCAACACUGGCCUUCUCGCCCUUCGCCAAGACCGAAGACGACGCGGAGUUCGCCAAGCAAGUCUGGAAAUCAUUCGUCGUCCCCCGCCGCUCCGCCGUCCUAGAAGCCGAGAAAUCCCACCCGGGAACCGGCCUCUGGGUCCUCGAGUAUCUCGCCGUGGAUCCUGGACAUCAACGUAAAGGCGCGGGCAGAGAGCUGGUUCAGUGGGGUUUGGAUAAGGCGCGGAAGGAUGCGACGGAGGCGAUUGUUGAGGGGACGCCGCCGGGGCAGCCUUGUUAUAGGGCGUGUGGGUUUAAGACGGUCAUUAAGGAGAUGGAAUAUGUGGUUGAGGAGCGGUUUGAGGGGAGGAGGCUUCCGGAGAUAGCGUUUAUGCGGCAUCCUUGCAGGUAG